CGAUAGCUUCACGUGUAUCGCUGGGAACGACACGAGUGAUAUGUCGCCUCGUUCAAACUAAAAUCACCCUUAAAUCAACCCGGAUUAGGUCGAGAUUCGUCCGCGUCCACGGGUGGAGGGGAUACCUGGUGUCUUGAUUUCACGCCGUUGACACUUCCAAUUUGGGUUUUUCGCUGUGCGAGGGUUUCUGAAAUUAUGUUAUUUUCUAGGGUAACAUCGCCGAGGGGAGGUUUGUAAUUCUCGGACUGGAAAGGGGGUUGUUCUGAUUUUACGGUGGCUACCGACGACAACGACAAAGAACUUCUAACCCCACCCCGAAAUGGAUAUCCAGCGAAGGGAGGGGGCUGCAAUUUGUGUUAGACACAUCUAGAAGUUGUUCAGUUCAGUUUAACUUACCACUUGGACAGGACUCGUGCACGGCACCGCGCCGGCCGCCAACUUGUGAUAAGUGAUUGUGAUAAUAGUCAGGUGUUAUGUUUUACGGUAAUCAACUGAUCACGUCUUCGUGGUGAAAAUAUUAAAACUUUAAUGCUAAGUGUACAAGACUACGUGGAUGAGUGCUUCUGAAGUUGGACAGAAGUAGUAGACUUUCAGAGGACUUUGAAGUUCAGUUCCACCGAGAUGAGCUCUUCGCCCCACAUCGAUGUGUGUUCGUCCCCGGAGCGCGUCGUGAGUCCGGCACCGGCCUCCACCGUACUCCGGUGCUGCCCCACCAAGACCUCGGAGGUGAGCGACUCCAAGAGCUCCUCAGCCGCCUACACGUCCUUCUCCAUCUCCAGUAUCCUGAGCCGCGGAGAGCCAGAGAGACGCGACAACCCACUGGACGUGGCACACCUCGCCGCCGCCGCCCUCCAUCCCUGCAACUCCGACUCCGCCAUGCUCUCCAGACUGGGUCUGAUGUCCCACUUCAAUGCUCUGGCGGCGGCGGCCAGUGGGCGAAGUCCCUUCAUAGCCGUCUAUCCCCCCGGCCCCGGUCAGUCACCGGACAAGCCCUGGUAUGCAGCAUGGGCCAGGUUACACCAGCCCCCUCCUACUACUAGUCCUACAGGAGGAUCGACAACCACGAACGAGGAGACGAGCCGGCCCAGUACCCCUCACAGUGUCGGACCCCGCAGCAGUUCUCCUAUCACCCCCUCCAGCACCCAAGCCAGAGAACCCUUGGUGACCAGCGGAACCGACCCCCACAGGCACUCUCCGGCGUCUUCCCUGGGUGAGGAGGUGACGCCUCCCAGGCAGCCCUUGGCCAACCAUCACCUCAGCUCACUGCUAGGGCCGAGCUUCAUGCACCAACACGACUCUUACCUCCAGUUGGCCGCGGCCAGCCAGAAGGGCAUCCACGGCUUCAUGUCGGAGAGACGACACGAGGACGAUAUGGUGGUGGACGGCGAUGACGGCGACGAUGGAGAGGACGAUCUGGACGGCAAGGAUGACAAGAAGGACGGAAGCAUGUUGAAUAACAACAAUAAGAGGAAAAAGAAGACAAGAACUGUGUUUUCUAGAAGUCAAGUGUUCCAGUUGGAAUCGACUUUCGACAUGAAGAGGUAUCUUUCCAGUUCAGAAAGGGCAGGCUUAGCGGCGUCCCUACAUCUCACGGAGACACAAGUAAAAAUUUGGUUCCAAAACAGGAGAAACAAGUGGAAGAGACAGCUGGCUGCCGAGUUAGAGGCAGCUAACAUGGCGCAAGCUGCCCAGAGAUUAGUGCGAGUACCCAUACUCUACCACGAGGCUACAUCCACCCCUGGGCUCCAACACCACCUCACGGCCCCUGUAACCUCGGCCUCCACAUACCCCUCUCUCUACUACCACCACCAUCACCACCACACGCCUCCGACCUCCACACAGUCUUCUAGUCCUGUACCACCACGAGCACCGCUACCUAGUCUAGUCUGAAGCCUACCUAACGUCUCUGACACCAAAAUUUUCUCACCGAAUCAACUCUAUCGGCAAGACUAUUUCCAUCCGCCACUCUCAGACUUGCCUCCUAUCUCUUGAACUCUGUCGGUCUGAUGAAAAAUUUACAAAGGGUCAUUAUUCAUCAGUGAAAUAAUCCUUCCUCACGACGACUCCUUGCCUUGCCGUCCUCGUUAUUACUGUCUCCCACACUUCUAGUAUUUCACUAAGUGAAGAAACUCCAAUGGAUCAAUCAAUCUUAUGUGUUGUGUGUUUUGAAUUUAAAGACCAUUACAACAGUGAAACAGACAUGACAAGUAAAAGAAGUGGACAGACAUGACUUCUUACCAAGCGAGGAAAAGGACGAAAUUGGUGUCAAACAGAUUGACAGUAUCCUAAUGGUGGAGAGCCCUGUCAUAGAAUUAGCACAAUAAAAACAAUACGUUUUCUUUAAUAAUACGUUUUAAUUUAAAUGUUAAUAUUACCGUACAUCUUAAUUUUAAAUUUAAUAUUUAAAUCUUCAGGAAUAGUAAAUUUGACCAGCACAGCAAUUUAAUUUAAGAUUUUCUUAAUGAAAAUUUGCUACAAACUUUGGGCAAAAUAUUGUCAAAAGAAGCAAAGGUGUUGAAUUUUCGACGUCCUAGUUAGAUUUCUUUAAAAAAUUGUAUUGUGAGAUACAUACUGUUUAUGAGAUUAGGAAUAUGUGGUUAGGACGGUCUCAAUCUGUAAAUAGGGGUUAACUAGUCAAAAUACAUACAUCGAUCUCGAUUGAUAAUUUUGUACCAAAUGUAUAGUGCAUAGUUUAUAAUUUGUGAUAAUAAUAUAUUUAAAUUGUAGUAUUUAUUUAGUUUAUAUCAGUAUUUUUCACUUUGUUUACUAUAACUGAGAAGCUGAAUUUAAUUUAUUUUUCUUAGAUUUAAAACAAAAUUACAUUGAACAAAUUAUGAAUAAUGGGAAAUUUUGAAUUAUUCACUUUGCUUAGGUUUUGAGUUUAUGAAAGUAUGAAAUUUCAGUAGUACCUUAAAUUAUGGAAUUCAGUAAACGUUUGAGAAAACAGUGUUUAAUUUCUCAAUUUGUGUUAGCUUUGGUCGUAUAGAAAUACUUUAAAUUUAAUAAGGGAUUAAAAUUUGUUCAUAAGUGUAUUAAUUUCAAAAUUCGCAAUUAUAAAAUAAUUGUUUAUGUUUCCCUAUAAAGAUUUGUAUGGGUAGAUUUGUACUUAAAAUUAACUCUCAAUUUAAAACUUAAUUAUUAAUAUACAUUAAAAUAAUAGUACGUUUCAAUGCGAUGAAUGUAUGUAUAACAACAGUAAUCAAAGUUUUGUACAUAGGUGAUGUAAGGUUACCAAGUGAUGUAUUAUAUAUGUACUAUGUUAGUUGUUGUUGUCACCUAUUGCUUAUUAUGUGUCAUGUACAUUUUCAAACAAUACAACUCUCGACUCUCAACCAGAACA